UGAGCACACUCAGCCGGCCUCCCCAGUCCUCUGCCUGUCAUCCCCAGCAGAUUUAGCUGCUGACAGGUGCUUGGGACUUUGCUGCCAGGCCCUGGCCCAGACCACCUCCUCUCCUCUCCUCUCAGUGUCUCCCCAGCCACAGCCUCGCCAUGGCCCAGAAAGAAGAGGCUGCUGCCACCGCCACCGCCGCCGAGGCGUCUGCGCCUGCCUCCCAGAAUGGCGAGGAUCUGGAGAACCUGGACGACCCCGAGAAGCUGAAGGAGCUGAUCCAGCUGCCCCCCUUUGAGAUCGUCACGGGGGAGCGGCUGCCUGUUAACUACUUCAAGUUCCAGUUCCGGAAUGUGGAGUACAGCUCGGGGCGGAACAAGACCUUCCUCUGCUACGUGAUUGAAGUGCAGGACAAGGGAGGCCAGGUGCAGGCAUCCCGGGGAUACCUCGAGGACGAGCAUGCAACUGCCCACGCGGAGGAAGCCUUCUUCAACACCGUCGUGCCAAACUUCGACCCGGCCCUGCGCUACAACGUCACCUGGUACGUGUCCUCCAGCCCCUGCGUAGCUUGCGCCGACCGCAUCAUCAAAACCCUGAGCAAGACCAAGAACCUGCGCCUGCUCAUCCUGGUGGGGCGCCUCUUCAUGUGGGAGGAGCCCGAGAUGCAGGCUGCGCUGAAGAAGCUGAAGGAGGCGGGCUGCAGGCUGCGCAUCAUGAAGCCCCAGGACUUCGAGUACAUCUGGCAGAAUUUCGUGGAGCAGGAAGAGGGCGAAUCCAAGGCCUUUGAGCCCUGGGAGGACAUUCAGGAGAACUUCCUGUACUACGAGGAAAAGUUGGCCGACAUCCUGAAGUAGGCGACUGCGCUCAGCCUCACGUCUGCCUGCUGCCAAGAGAUGGCGGUGACAUGUAUGGGCAUCUGGGACACGCCUGACUUCCUAAUACCACGUGGAGCUGGACAACAUUUAACACCAAACAAUCCCACUGCACAAGGCCCUCUAAGGACUCAAAAUAUACUUCUCAUGCUAUAAAUCAUUUUAGCGGUGCCUCUCUCUCUAAGCCUGCUCUUGGGAAAGAAGAGAGUUGCAAGGAGAAAUAGCAAACAUAUAUGGGCAUCAAGUAUCAUGGGUCUGAGGGUCCUAAUUAUUCCCCCAAAUGGGCUGCUUAAGGCAAAGAGCCUCGGACCCAAGAUCUGUGCAGAUUUUUAAAAUAUGUCCAGAAAUGCAUUUAUGUUAAGUUGGUCUUUUUUUUUUUUAAAGAAAAAUAAGCAGCAAUAAUAAAAGUGGCGUGGUUUU